AUGACGAAAAAUGUCCCAACAAGAUGGUCACUUGCAGAGAUCAAGUCAGCCACACUGGGUUUUCAUAGGAACAGGAUUGUUGGUGAAGCUAUAGGCUCAUGUUACAAUGUUAAUUUCCAGUGCACUCUAGCAGAUGGUAAUGAAAUUGCAGUUAAAAGGCUGUCGAAAACUUCGAGUCAAGGGCUGCUUGAGUUCAAGAAUGAAGUUAUGUUAAUUGCCAGAUUACAACAUAGAAAUCUUGAACUGCCCGAGUAUGCUAUGGAAGGGCAGUUUUCUGUCAGGUCUGAUGUUUUCAGUUUCGGAGUUCUUUUGCUGGAGAUUAUAACUGGUAAAAGGAAUAACGGGUUUCAUUUAUUGGAACGUGGUGAAAGCCUCUUGAUUUUUGCAUGGAAACUAUGGUCGAAAGGUGAAGCAAUGGAGCUAAUAGAAGAGCAUCUUCUCAAGUCGAGUGUGCCGACUGAGGUGCUUAAAUGCAUUCAAAUCGGCCUAUUGUGCGUGCAAGCUGAUCCGGUAGACGGACCAACCGUGGUUGCCAUGUUGGGAAAGGACACCAUAACGCUGCCUCUACCAGCAGAGCCUGCAUUUUGUGUUAGACGUAUUGUUGCAGAACAAAUUCAACCCAAUGCAAGUGAUAGAAUCUGUUCUGUUAAUGAGGUUACGAUUUCAAAUAUGUCACCUCGGUGA